AUGAAAAUAAAUUCCACAUCUUCCGAAUAAAGAAAGAAAGCUUAGAUCUAAAAAAUUGGUAAAAUUGAUGCUCAUUAAAUUGUUUAAAAUAAUCAAUCAUUUGAGAUUGAUGAAGAAUUCUUGAAAAAGAAAGAAAAAAGAAAUCGUAAAUUUUUUUUAAAGCGAUCUAUUUCUUUGUUAUAGAUCUGUAAAUAAAGUGGAAAGAUAGAUUUUUCCGUAGGAUCAGACUUCCUCCACAUUGAGAUUAUGUAAGGAGGACAUUACCCUCUGAAUUAAUAGAAUCUAAAAGAUAUUUGUUCAGAGAUCCAUCUCAAUGAUGCAGAGUUCUAUUAAUCUAACGUAACUUAUAGUUUAAAUAACGCUUCUAAAUGUAUUCUAAAGAAUUGUAGAAAUCCUUAAUCAGAAUAAAAUUACAAAUCUUUUACAUAAAUUUAAUAAUAAAUAAAAGAAAUUAAUGCAUUUUGCUAAAACAAUUUGAAACAGGAUUAUAAAAAUUGUCAAGUUGAUCCAUAAUAAAUGGAAUCCAUUUUGAAACAGUAAAAUAAUUAGAUUCUUUAAGUAAUUCAAGAAACAAAGUAAAUUUUGGUGGAAUAGCAUAAAGCUAUAAAAAACACUUUGUAAUGUUGA